UCAGCCUCAACCAACUGGAGCUUUCUUUUUUUCCAUAACAAACAAGAAGUUGGCUUCAGCGCACUAUUGGACAACAUGACAUUCCUUUGAGCCUUCGGUCUCUCUUUGCAACUGUCAAGAUGGGAAAUGAGGAUUUUUUUUUUUCCAUUUGGUCUUUUUUGACGGUUUCUGAAGGCAUGGGGCGUUAAAUUUAGCAUCUGCAGCUACGCACGGGCUACAUUUCUAUUAAUUUCAUGGGCUGCCGUUGCAUUUAAACGCCAUCUGAAAUGAAUCCUUUAAGGAAGUGUUUGGGGAAACUGUUGGAGUGGAUCGGCAUGUGGAUGAAAUGUGGUCUGAUGAGACUUUGCAGGGUUUUUGCAAAAGCCGGUGCUUUGCCAAGUAGAGCAUCCUGCCAAUCCACACCUGAGGAGUGGACAAGCAGCAUGGCGCUUCGCACGUAUGACGUAGGCGGUCAAAGCAUGGUCACGGUCCAGACCAGCACACACACCUUCUAUGUGGACCUCGAAGGGCUUUCUGACUGUAGCCAGUAUUUUCGAGCGCUGUCCCAGUCUGGAAUGAAGGAGACGGAGGAUCGCCUUGUCUGCUUGGACCACGUGUCUUCAUCCGCCUUUUAUGGUCUCCUGGAGUUUUACUUCCACCACACCUUUAGGACACCGCCGGAGGAAGAGCUAGGCCCACAUAUACAGGCCAGCAGCUAUCUCCUGGCGGAGACCUUCCUCUCCAAAUGCCUGUCCGUCUUGGCGGAUGUCCUCAAACCAGAGAACUGUCUGUCCUACCUCAGUCUGGCCCAGGAGAUUUGCUGCGUGGAGCUGAGGUCCACCGUCUUCACCUACCUGAGCAGGAACCUGCUGGAGCUGCCUCACGUCAUCAGGUGUCUGACCGACCAGGAGAGGGAGGAGCUGAUCCAACUGAGGAUGCAAGGGAAGCCACACCUCUGCAGCCUCAGGAAGGAGAACCUGACCACUUGGGGAGACCCGACCACAGAGCGCGCUCGCCAUGUGUUUGCCCAGCACGGUGGAGGAUGGCGUCCCAUCACAGAGUUCCCCUUCACAGCUGACAAGUGGAGCUUCAGUGCAGUGGUGAUGUACAACUACUUGUACAUCAUAGGAGGCUACAGGACCCUCGAAAGGAGGAGCUGGCACUUCAAGAUGGCCGCCUUUAGGUAUAACCCUCUGACUCGGGAAUGGGCCGACAUUGCCCCGCUCAUCAAGCGUAGAAGGCACUUCAGUGCAGUGUCCUGCCAGGGCCGCAUCUAUGCAGUGGGCGGCUGGUACUUGGACUCCCUGCUCAGCCCAGACUCCAACACGGCCCUCCACACAGCUGUGGAAUGUUACAACCCGUGGGAGGACACCUGGAGGUUUGUGUCGUCGCUGCCGCUGACGGACUUCCAGUUCAGCGUGUCGUUGUCCCACGACGUCCCCCUGACCACCAGCCUGGCACCCUGGCUCCUAGUCCUGGGGAGCAUCCAGAGGACAGGAGAGAAGGUGCUACUGCAGUACCACACAGAAGAAGACUCCUGGUCUGAGCUGCGUCCCCCCCUCACCAGGGCCCACGUCCACCUUCCAGUUCUUUACUUCCUGGGAGCCUCGGCUGACCGGCUGCUCGUGGUGGGCGGCGACAACUCUCAUAACGUGAUGACCUCCUUCUGUGUGCGCUCACAGCAGUGGGGGCCGGUGCACAGGCUGCCAAAAACUGCGUUGGUGGGCCAGGGGACGCUUGUAGGCCAGCAGGUCCUGAUGGCCAGUCUAGAACACAACACUGUGGUGACCAUGGAUCAACAAUCUCUCUCCUUCACUACCUUUCCUCCUCUGCCCACCUCCGUCUGCUAUGAAGCUGUCUUCUACCUGCACAUCUUUCUUUAAUGACUUAGUCUGUUGUCAGGAUCCUUGAUGUCACACAAAUAAUAGUCAAUAUAAGGAUAAUGAAUGCAUCGAUACUUGGUUUUGUAUCCUGGCUGUAAUUGAUCUAAUAUUUAGUCUGCCAUGACUGAGUGUAGGAGCGUGGCUGCACUGGGUGUGUGUGGUGUUAAUAAUGAUAAUAGCUCAUAUAAAGCGGUACAAUUACUAAAACAAACAUUUGUCAUAUAUAUAUAUAUAUAUAUCAAAGUUUAUUUACAUAGCCCUUCAUCAAAAGUGUCUCAAAGGGCUGCACAAGCCACAACCUGGGCUCAGAUCCCACAUCAGGGCAAGACAAAACUCAACCCCAUGGGAUAAAUAAUGAGAAACCUUGGAAGGGUCCACAGAUGUGGGGACCCCCCCCCCCCUGGGCCACCAGUGCAAUGGACGUGGAGUGGAUCUACUUGAUAGUGUGAGAGUCCAGUCCAUAGUGGAUCUAGUUAUCAAUCGAUCAAUCAAUGUUUACUUAUAUAGCCCUAAAUCACUAGUGUCUCAAAGGGCUGCACAAACCACUACCACAUCCUCGGUAGGCCCACAUAAGGGCAAGGAAAACUCACACCCAGUGGGACGUCGGUGACAAUGAUGACUAUGAGAACCUUGGAGAGGAGGAAAGCAAUGGAUGUCGAGCGGGUCUAACAUGAGUAUCGUAACUUUGGAAACGGUGAUACCCCUGACAAGCACUAGGUCUAUCAUAUUACCAUUGCGAUGCGUGGGUUCAUUUAUUAUUUGUGUAAGACCACAGCUAUCAAUUAUAGUCUCGAGCGCUACGCACGGUGGGUCCGAUGGGGUAUUCAUAUGGAUAUUAAAGUCCCCCAUUAUGAUUAUAUUAUCGGCGUGCGUUACUAGAUUAGCAACGAACUCUGAGAAUUCAUUGAUAAAGUCCGAAUAGGGCCAUGGGUUAAUAGUAUGAGAGUCCAGUCCAUAGUGGAUCUAGUUAAUAGUACGAGAGUCGUCCAAAGUGGAUCUAGUUAAUGGUGUGAGAGUCCAGUCCAUAGUAGAUUUAGCUAAUAGUGUGAUAGUCCAGUCCAUAGUGGAUUUAGUUAAUAGUGUGAGAGUCCAGUCCAUAGAGGAUGUAGUUUAUAUUGUUAGAGUCCAGUCCAUUGUGGAUCUAGUUUAUAGCGUGAUAGUCCAGUCCAUAGUGGAUCUAGUUAAUAGUAUGAGAGUCCAGUCCAUAGUGGAUCUAGUUAAUAGUAUGAGAGUUCUGUCCAUAGUAAAUUUAGUUAAUAGUGUGAGAGUCCAGCCCAUACUGGAUCUAGUUAAUAGUGUGAGAGUCCAGUCCAUAGUGGAUGUAGUUUAUAGUGUAAUAGUCCAGUCCAUAGUGGAUCUAGUUAAUAGUGUGAUAGUCCAGUCCAUAUUGGAUCUAGUUAAUAGUAUGAGAGUCCAGUCCAUACUGGAUCUAGUUAAUAGUGUGAGAGUCCAGUCCAUAGUGGAUGUAGUUUAUAGUGUAAUAGUCCAGUCCAUAGUGGAUCUAGUUAAUAGUGUGAUAGUCCAGUCCAUAUUGGAUCUAGUUAAUAGUA